UCAACAAAGCUACUCAUUGCUAUGGUAACACUGAGUUUUAAAGCAUUCAGGGGAGCUAAUGAGGGUCGAGCCUUUGCUUUUGGUUCGGCAAGAAAAAAAGUCACGCUGUACAGCCGCCCUUGUACCAACAAUUUGCCUUGUCUAAAAGCCCUUCCUUUUUUUCUUAACCUUUGUUAAAUAAUAUGCAUCGCUUCAAGGCAAAAGGUAUCAGUACUCGUUUAGCUUCUCAAGCCCAAUGGGUGAACCCUAAAGACCAAGUUACAAAGUGGAAUAUUGUUACCGGUGACAAGGUUGCUGUUAUUGCUGGUAAAGACAAAGAUACCAUUGGUGAAAUCAAGUCAGUCAACCGCCAAACAAACACCGUUAUUGUCGAAGGAAAGAAGCUUGCCAAGAAACAUGUUCCUAUGCAACCUGGUGCACCUGAAGGCGUUAUCAGAAAAGAAUUGCCCAUUCAUUACUCUAAUAUUAUGCUACUUCAUCCUGAUACACAAAUGCCUACUCGUAUUGAUCGUCGUAAGGUUACAGAGACCUUGUCAGAUGGUCGCAUUGUUUCACGCUGGAGUAGAUUUGUCAAAGGUACCGAUAUUGAAAUUCCUAAGCCUGUCAGAAAAUACAACGAUCAAAGUGGAGAGGAGCUUUUCACAACAUCUCCUGAAGAUGCAACCAGUGCCACUUACACUCCCGAUCAUUCACAACCUCCCUUCCCUCAAGAAGUUGUCAGAGAACUUCGAAACAUCUACAAAAAGAAGCCUAUUGUGCCUUUAGCAUAACCAUCAUGAGUCGACAAA